AUGGGAGGCAAAGACGACGGACUCCUCGGAUUGAGUCCCCCUCCGUACCAACCUCAACCGCCUGCCCGACGAUAUACAAUUCGACGACGCCGAGGACGUCUUGUUACCCUCGCGGGACUCGUCGCCAUUGUCCUGUCUUUGUCUUACUUCAACAGUGCAGCCGAGGCACCCACAGCUCACCAGCAACAACAAUUUCUCAGAGGCGUGAACCAAUGUAGCGCGUCCGCGCUUCGUGGCGCGACACAAAAGUCCGCUUCUCCAGGCCGGUCGAACCCGCGGUGGAACUCGAAGUCUGGACAGGAGCAUCCAACCGUUCUCCGCAACGCCACUCUUUUCGAUGGCGAGACGGUCCUGGCGGAGGCCGUCGACGUACUUUUCGAGAAGGGAGUGAUCAAAUCUGUGUCCAAGACUCGAGAUCAAACAUCACUCCCGGACGACGCAGUCGUAUACGACGUCAAGGGCCGGUUCGUCACACCCGGUCUUGUUGACAUCCACUCCCAUCACCUAGAGCCCCCGUUCUCCUCAGUCUCUGCCAACGCCGACGUGAACGAAAAGCCCGGCCUGGGCCCAAUUACCCCCUUCGUGCGCGCCAUUGAUGGCUUCAAGCCGUACGACCCAGCGAUCAAGAUCAUCGCAUCUGGUGGCGUCACAUCUUCGCUCAACCUCCCGGGCUCUGGUAACAUCAUCGGCGGCCAGGCGUACCUGGUGAAGAACCUGCCUCUGCCCGGGGAGAACGGCGAGCCUGUUGUCGAGGAGCUUCUUCUUGAGCAUGGCUUGCCGGAGGCGAGUCGCCAACGCUACUUGAAGAUGGCAUGCGGCGAGAACCCGAAGCACAUCUAUCCCCACACCCGCCUCGGCAACGCCUGGCUUCUCCGAGAGCAUCUGGACAAGGCUCGUAAGCUCAAGAACAAACAAGAGGCGUGGUGCCAAGGGGCCCAGGAGCUCGCCUCUGGCGGUCUAUUCAAGGAUCACAGAGCCCGUCGUUUCAUUGCCGACUUUGGCGAGUUGCCGGAGGACUUGGAACUCGAGCCGACCGUCGCCUUGUUGAAGGGCGAGUUCAACGUCAACAUCCAUUGCUACGAGCCCGAAGACUUUGAGCGGAUGCUGGAUGUUCUGCACGAAUUUGGCGUCCACCCGCAAGCUUUCCACCAUGCCCUCGAGGCGUGGCAGGUUCCCGAGUUUCUCAAGCAACAGGAAGAGAACAUCACCAUCGCGACUUUUGCCGAGAAUGCGUUGUUCAAACACGAGGCGUACGGCGCCAACCUGCGCGGUCCGAAGAUCUUGGACGAACAUGGCCUCCGCGUCGUGUUGAAGUCGGACCAUACCGGUGAAAGCAACCACGCCAAGUACCUAGUCUACCAAGCUGCUGUGUCUCAUUCUUUCGGCCUGUCGGGAGACAAGUCUCUCCAGUCCGUGACCUCCACGGCCGCCCGGUCCAUCUACCAGGAUCAUCGCAUUGGCUUCGUCCGGCCUGGUUACGAUGCCGACCUCGUAAUUUGGGACUCGCAUCCGCUGUCAGUCGGCGCCACAACUGUUCAGGUCUUCGUAGACGGUAGAGAGGUACUCGAAUCCGCAGAGUCUCUCCAAAUCCUCGAGACACCAACCCAGGAGACAGAUCUGGCUUUGCCCCAGUCUCGUCCUUGGAUCGCCCAGGACAAGAAGCAGACCGUCUGCAACAAGGUCUUGGCUCCCGAUUCACACAUCGUCUUCACGGGCAUCAAGAGCAUCCUUCUCGAGAAGCCUACCACAAACGUCGACAAGAAGGACGAGGAAAGCAACGGCCUUGCUAUGUCGGUUUUCAACGGUGAAAUCACAUGUCUCGGGCCCGAGUCUGAAUGUUUUUCGUCCCAGAAGCAUGGAAACAUCCACCACAUCGAUCUGGAGAAUGGCUACGUAACCCCGGGCCUGGUCGCGUUCGGGAACAACAUCGGCAUCAUCGACAUCUCCUCAGAGCCAUCAACCGGCGACGGAUCCCCCGGCCGCAAAGGGAACGCGCUCAACGAGCAGAAAGACUUGCACUUUGCCAAAUACGGUGUUCACUUCGGCGGAAGAGGCUUCGGCCGGGCGAGGGUCGGAGGCGUGACCAAGGCGAUCACGGCGCCGAUAUUCGGAGGAGGCGCACUUCAGGGCGUGAGCGUGGGCUUGCGGACCAGCGAGAACGCAACUGUCUUGGGAGGCGGCAUCUGGAAGGACGAGGUCGCACUUCACUUUGCUAUCGGGCAAGAGGCGAAAGGGGAUGACACGCCGACCAUCUCUUCUGGCGUCGAACGAUUGCGCCAGGUUCUUGAGGAAGGCCAGCAAGCGUCCGGGAAGACUGGAAGCACCUACUUCCGGGCCUCCAGGGGCUCGUUGCCUGUCAUAGUGUACACAGUCAACGAGGAUGAUAUCUCGCAAGUCGUUCUCCUCAAGCGAGAAUUCCCCUCCGUAAAUUUCGUCAUCUUCGGUGGCCACGGUGCCCCUCUGGUUGCCAAAGAGCUCAGCGAAGCCAAGAUUCCCGUCAUUCUCACCGGCAACCGCGGCGCGCCGGACAAGUGGGAGAAGAGGCACACUUUCGCUGGUCCUCCACUGUCACCUAGCCCGGCACAAGUUCUCAUCGACGCCGGUGUUCUCGUCGCGCUCGCGGUCCGGGGCGAUUCCAAGGUCCACGGACUGGCCCAGGAGGCGCAGUGGGCGGCCAAGUUCGCCGGGUUGACGGAAAAUCAGGCCAUCAAGCUGGUCUCGACAAACUUUGAUCGGAUUCUGGGGUUGAAGCAGUCGGGGCCGGAGGGAAAGACGUCGGUUGGGAAGAAGUACGCUGGCGAUUUUGUUGUCUGGGACGGGAACCCUCUGCGGGGAGAGGGAAGCGUGGUUGUGAGCUUUCAGGACGACGGGAAGAUCGGGGACUGCUGGCCUGAUGUGCAGGGUGCCGCCCUUUGA